AUGACGAUUGUAAGCUAUGCUGGCAUUACAAGACCUGGUUUUUUGCUUGCACAUCCAGAGCUACCUGUUCUUGUAUAUUGCAAACUACAGCUAAACUCAAUAUCAACUAUUAGAAUCCCAAGUAAUGAGAUGAAGAGGACUGAACUGGUUACAAGAUGUCAGUGUUCUGUCGCUGAGAGAACGUUUGCAUCAACUUCUGUGGGUUCAUCUCUAUCCAAUACAGAUAAUGUUCGUUUGGGUCGGAAGCAAAGAAGUUCUUCAUCCCUCUAUAGUCGACCUAGUUUGCUGGAAAUGAAAAAGGAGAAGGUAGCAAAUCGUGCCAAGGUUUAUGAGUUCUUAAGAGGAAUUGGUAUUGUCCCUGAUGAGCUUGAUGGGUUGGAGCUUCCUGUGACAACUGAGGUUAUGAGGGAACGUGUGGACUUCCUUCACAAAUUAGGUCUCACAAUUGAGGACAUCAACAACUACCCACUUGUUCUCGGUUGCAGUGUGAAAAAGAACAUGAUUCCUGUGCUUGACUAUCUUGGAAAAUUGGGUGUUAGGAAAUCCACUAUCACUGAGUUCUUAAGGAGAUAUCCCCAAGUCCUCCAUGCUAGUGUUGUUGUAGAUCUAGAUCCUGUGGUCAAAUAUCUUCAAGGAAUGGAUAUCAAGCCAAAUGAUAUUCCUCGGGUGCUUGAGAGAUAUCCAGAAAUUCUGGGGUUCAAGCUUGAAGGGACCAUGAGUACAUCAGUGGCUUAUUUGGUUGGAAUUGGGGUAGCAAGAAGAGAAGUUGGAGGGCUUUUAACUAGAUACCCAGAGAUUUUGGGGAUGCGAGUAGGCCGGGUGAUCAAGCCUUUUGUGGAGUAUCUUGAAAGCCUGGGCAUACCAAGAUUAGCAGUAGCUAGAUUGAUAGAAAAGCGACCUCACAUCCUUGGUUUUGGAUUAGAGGACCAGGUGAAACCAAAUGUUGAAUCCCUGUUAGAGUAUAAUGUAAGAAAAUCGUCAAUUCCUUUUGUGGUAGCUCAAUAUCCUGAGAUUAUAGGAAUUGAGCUGAAGGAAAAACUUCUGGGUCAACAGAGUUUACUCCAUUCGGUUAUUGAUUUGGGCCCUGAGGACUUUGGCAGAGUUGUUGAGAAGAUGCCACAGGUCGUCAGCCUUAGUAGAAUACCUAUUGUGAAACAUGUGGAUUUCCUUAAAGACUGUGGAUUUUCUUUGCAACAAGUGAGGGCAAUGGUUGUGGGAUGUCCCCAGUUGCUUGCUUUGAACCUUGACAUUAUGAAACAUAGCUUUGAUUACUUCCAAAAGGAAAUGGAAAGGCCUUUUGAUGAUUUGGUUACUUUUCCUGCUUUCUUUACAUAUGGUUUGGAGUCCACUAUAAAACCAAGACACAAGAGGGUUGGAAAGAAGGGUUUGAAGUGUUCGCUUUCAUGGCUCCUUAACUGCUCUGAUGAGAAGUUUGAGCAACGAAUGGAGUAUGACACUAUUGACAUAGAAGAGAUGGAGAUGCCAUCAUUUGACAUGAAUACUCUUAUGGAACGACGGAGUGAUGACUCUGCUUCUGAUGAUGAUGACAGGGAUGAUGAGCACAUUUAG